AUGUCAAUUCAUGACGCCGCCCUCCGCAUUGGCCGCGGCCUCCUCCCUAUUGCCCUCGCGGCCUCUCUCUACCUGUAUCUCUAUCCUCUGUUCCACCGCUGCUACUUCCCCCUCCCGCCUCAUGUCGACACCACACACCCUUCCGACCUUCGAGUAGCCCCUUUCCGCCUACUAGCCCUCGGCGACCCGCAGAUCGAGGGCGACUCCUCGCUUCCUGAUCCCGAUGCUCCCGUAUUCCCCAGUCUCCUCGACUUCCGCCCACGGGUCCACGAGGUCGGCUUUGCCGAAGCCGCGCGCACUGCCGCUGCCACCCUGCUGCGCGACGAUGUGCCGCGCCUGCUGAACGGCUACCGGAAACGCAUCGAUCUGUUCGGCAACGACUACUACCUCGCCCACAUCUACCGCACUCUAUACUGGUGGUCGGACCCCACGCACGUUGCUGUCUUGGGAGAUUUGCUGGGUAGCCAAUGGAUUGCCGACGACGAGUUUGAGCGGAGGAGCGAUCGCUUCUGGCACAGGGUCUUCCGCCAUGGCCGUCGCGUCCAUGACAACAUCACUGCCACUCCACGCGUCGAGGAUCUGGGCACGGACGCCGCCUGGAAGCGCCGCAUCAUCAACAUUGCCGGCAACCAUGACAUCGGCUAUGCUGGGGACAUCAACGAGGACCGCAUCCGCCGAUUCGAACGCCAAUUUGGCCCCGUCAACUGGGAGACAACCUUCCGUCUCCCGUCGUCCAAUGUCACGACUUCGCAGUCGCUCAACGAGUCCCAUCCCGAACUUCGCUUGCUCGUCCUGAACAGCAUGAAUCUCGACACACCCGCCGUCGACCUGAACCUUCAGAGCCAGACAUACGACUUCAUCAAUGACGCCAUCGGUCGCUCUCGCGCCGUCGAAGAUCGCUCGACCUUCACACUCCUGUUGACCCACAUACCUCUGCACAAGGAAGCCGGUGUGUGCGUCGAUGCUCCCUUCUUCGACUUCUUCAACAACGACGAAGGCGGUGGGGUCAAGGAGCAGAACCACCUGAGCGAUACGGCUUCCGAGGGCAUCCUCCAGGGUAUAUUUGGCAUGAGUGGUGACCUUGCCGCCCCGGCUCGUGGAAUCGGCCGCAACGGUCUGAUCGUAAACGGCCACGACCACGAAGGCUGUGAUGUCUACCAUCACCGCCCCAGGGAAGGGGACUCCUGGAAGGCUGUUCCUUGGGAGCAGUCUACUAUCCUGACCCAAGAUCGCGAUCUUCCUGGUAUCCGAGAGCUGACCCUCCGAAGUAUGAUGGGUGAAUACGGCGGGUAUGCUGGUCUGGUGAGUGUGUGGUUCGACGAGACCGCUGGGGAAUGGCAAUCGGACGUCACCAUGUGUAGCGCUGGCGUUCAACACAUCUGGUGGGCCGUGCAUAUUUUGGAUCUCAUCGCUGUAGGCUUUCUGGUCGGGGGCCUUUGUCUUCGCAUCAUGCCUAAGCCAAGAGCGAAAGCUAUCAACGAAAUCUCCGUCAGCAAGGGGGCCACCAAGCAUGAUUGA